AUGGUAACUGGGGGCGCAGACCCUUCUGUGAGGCCGCCGGAUCAAUAUGUGGCUAGUCGUCUAGUGGCCGACCUGCAUGGUCACUGCAUCACAGUGCCAUACGUAGCCAUCUACAAACAGCUGGGCCAGAUCUUGGCCAAGGACACUGGUGCCGUCCUACAGUAUGUGAACAAGCUACUCAACCUGAAGCGGCAGGCACUCAGCCGUCGCCGGCAGAGCCGGGUAGUCCUUGUCAGUCCAGAGGGCGGCCAUCUUCGCUGGCGGAGCGUUGCCGGGCUGCGACGCAAACACACUGGCCGACGAGCACCCAACCCCCCCCUCCCCCCGCUGCUGCACCGGUGGAAGGCUCACGACGGGCCGCUAGUAACCGCCGAGCUCCUCGCCAUCGACACACGGCUGUUUCUCACCAGCGCCUCCGUGGACCAGACUGUGCAGUUGUGGCGUGCAGACGGCCGCUACAUGGGUGCCUUUGGACAGGAACGCGAGUGGGAGGGAUCUGCGGGAGCCCGGGUCUUAUCAGCACCCAAGAGACCCUGGGGCAGCGAGGCAGGCGCGGCAGAGGAGGGAACUGGAGGUGGCCGAUUACAGGGUGGCGAGGCUGCAGCAGAGCCAGCCGGCUCCGGUCAGGGGCCUGGGAAGGGAAGCCAGACGAGGGCCGGCUACAGAGAGGAAGCACUUCCGUGGGACUCAGCUGCUGGGAGCAUUGAGAAAAAUGAACGAUGUCACGGAGAAUUAAAACCCGGCCUGUCGCAUCCUUGUGGCAAAACCCACCAAUGAGAGACAGAAAGCGACGGAGACAGUGACUACAUCCUUUGUUUCUGUAUCAGAUUUUCCUUCCUUUCAUAUUUCACCAAAAACACAACAA